GUUGCAGACAUCGUGUAUUAGAGGUGCGGUCGCCAACCAAAGGACAAGUCCCGGGAUCAUAUCAGUCUGCCGGCGCGCAGUUGGCGUGCAGUCACACCCACUCCUGCUUUCAAACACUGCCAACCUGCACCGCCAGCCAGCGGAGCACGACCAUGAUUUUUGUUACUGUCAUCGCACUCUACCUCACUUACCGCUUGUAUCGAUUUUUGCACGGGCUUCAUAAAACCUCCUACCUUCCUGGUAUAAGACCGUUGUUCGAUCCAACUGUCCCUCCAGGAAACUUCAUCCCAACAUGCUGGUUCAACUAUGGCUUUCUUUGGACCUGGGUUUUUCGCAAGACAGAGCAGUUUAGACCCAAUUACGAGGUACUCUCCUCUGUGCCUAUAUUGUCUGGCACACCGUUCUACUACCUUAGGUCUGUCGAAGUAGUCAGGCAGUUCCUUGGAAACGAAAUCAAGAACCAGAUCGCUAAACCCGACUCCUUCACAACCGCUCGUUUAUGGGGCCACAGUGUAGCUUCCCAACAUGGCGAGGACUGGAAACGCCACAGGCGAGCCGUUGUUCCCGCCUUCAACCAGACGAUGUUCUCUCGUGUGGCAGAGGAAACGGUUGCUGUAUACAACGACUUAGUCACAUCGCAAGGAUGGAGCAGUGCCACUCGCGAUGUCAUCGUCCACAUCGAUCCUCUCAUUAUAAGAUUUACCUUCGUCAUUUUAUCACGUUGCGGUUUUGGUAUACCCAUCUCUUGGAAAACCAACGAAGAUGACUCAGACGAUGCUAUUUUUGAGAAGGCUCUUGCUACUGCGUCAGAGACAUUCAUCCCCCGUAUUUCCAUCCCAAAUUGGCUUUAUGCCCUGCCUAUCAGAGCCUUACAGGAGAUUGACAAUGCUUGGAACACGGUCGUCAUACUCAUGCGCAAGUUUGCUCAGGCUCGUCGGUCUGAUCUAGCCGGUUUCAACGAAGACGGUGACAGAACCAGGGACGUCUUUACCCGGCUUGUACUUGCUGCUGAUGAAGUUGGGAAACAUGCUCUCGAUAUUUCCGAAGUUGCACCCAACAUGCUCACGUUGCUUUUCGCCGGGCAUGAGACGACGAUGAGUUCACUUAUCACGACGCUGAUGAUGCUUGCGCUUUGGCAAGACGAGCAGGAGAAAGCUCACGAGGAGAUCGUCCGCGAGUUUCCUAAGGGAACACUACUUACGACAAACGUUUGCAAAGGGCUGAAAUAUGUGACAGCAUGUGUAAUGGAAUCCAAUAGGUUGAUUCCGGCAACGGUGUACCUCGGCCGAGCGACGACGACAACGGAAAUUCACAUUACAAUCAGACGUCCAAGGCCCGAGACGAUUGUUAUCCCAAAGGACGCGAUGGUAGUCAUUGAUCAAUUCUCCAUCCUUCACAACCCAAUCGACUUCCCGGCACCAGACGUUUACAAUCCUUCUCGUUUCUUGGAUGAAGUAGACAGUGACAUGCCUAUGACCAUCUUUGGCACUGGUCCGCGGGCAUGUCUUGGCAGGAAAUUUGCGAUGACGGAAAUGGUGUGCUUCAUUGCACUUUUUCUGAGGGAUUGGAAGGUGGAUGUUGUACCAGAAGACCUGGUGAAUGUCGAGCGUGAGGCUCUCAAGGGUUCACGAACUCAAGCCACCGGGACCAAGAUGAGCGAGAAAGAGAAAAGAGAAAGGUUGCAGGAGCGACUCAUGUCUGAUGCGAUGCUCAGAGGGACAACAUUCGCGUUGGGAAAAGUGAGAUUAUGUGUGAGCGCAAGACACUAGUACUUGAUAGAGACCAUUGUUGUAUUUGGUGUGUUACCUGCUGAUUACCGUAUCGGUGUAUAAUAUUUUGUACAGUUCGCGGGUUGGAAAACCGCUUGCUUUACGCUCCGUAUAUGGCGGAAGGUCAGAAAGUUGGUGUCCAAUAUUCUUAUAUACUUGGGAGAAUGGUUCACGUCUU